CAGAAAGCUUGGAUAGUCUCCCGAGACUAUCCUGUGGCCUGUAUGUGGCUGCGUGUGUCCAGCUGAGCGGCUGCCCUGUUGGCAUGAGAGAUCAUGCAGUACAGAGAGAUCACAGCACAGACAGUGGGCGCCUUCCUAGUCUUCUUUGCGACCAGGAUAUGCCAUUGGGCCUUUGUGAAUGCCAUUCACACCUGGUGGCUGUCGCCCAAAAACAGGUCGAUGUACUUCAAGGACUUUGCGGCCGCCGCGGCCAAGGGCAACGUUGACAUGACCUUGAUCAUGAAGCACCAUCCUGAGACCAUCUCCGAGACGUUUGGCGAUGAGUCCACAUCGGAGUUUCAGAUCGUCGAAGCGACCGUGAGGCCAGCUGCCACGGUCCUACUGGUGGGCAACAUGAUGAUGCAUCUGAAAGGCGGUGGCGUUUUUCAAUGCCUAUUGAGCGCUCUUCGGGGUUGUAUUGCACCGUUCGGCCUGAUGAUGGUCGUGAGUACUCCAGUCAUUUCAGGCGGAGGCGGCUGCAAUGCAAGAAUGCGGCUCAGCUUGCCAACUGCAGACCUGAACCUCCUGUACAUCUUCCAGUGGGUCUUCCUGCACUUUGUCGGCUUUGCUUGCUUUGUGGGCCCCAGCUUGCUGUGGGAGCUGCCAGCGGCGGUUCUGGACUUGUUCAACCCUCCUCAGCCCGAAGCAGGCCAGACUUGGCCUCAGAUUCCAAGAAUUCUGUGGUACUGCUUAACGAGCUUGCGGAUGGUUUGUCCCAUACUUAUGCUGCGCGCUGCGCCCUACCUCUUCACAGAAGAGGCCAAGAACCCAAACACCCUGCGCGCAAAGAAGUGGUACGGCGAAUACUGCGUGGGCGAGUUCGGGGCUGCAGUCAUGUACUUCAACGCUCUUUCGGUGUUUUUCCUGCCUGGACAGGGGCCAUACAGCAUCAUGGACAAAGUGGUCAUAGGUGCUAUGCUCUUGGACAGCUUCAGGAUAUUGCUGUUUUAUGGCCUGUGGUCAAUGUGGGUGCUUCAUGCCUGGGACGAGAUCGAUUGGAAAUAUGAGUGUAUGUCAAGAACAACAAUGAGCCAUGGUCCUGUCAUGAAAGCGCUCAGGACACUCACUGACCGGCAAUUGGUUUUCUUACAUGCAGUACAAGCCGGGCAAUUCGAUCCCACUGAGUGGCACGUCACAAGUUCGCCCCUGCCGACUUGGAUCAUCAACGGUGCCCUGGGAGUGGCUCAGGGCCAUGUCAGGCAGUUCGUGAUUCGCCCCGAGAAUUACACAAACUUUCUGGCGUAUGAUUUUAUGGACCUGCAGAAGGAUGACCUUGAGUUGUUCAGUGAGGACUUGCUUGCAGUGAUUAGUGCUCUGCCAAGCACUGCGACUCUCUUCUUUCCCUUUGGUGAUAUAUAUAAGAAGACCGUCCGUAGACCCUUCCUGUGCCUCUCUUGUGAAGACUUCGAAGCAGAGAUUGAGCGCAUCGGCGUCAAGGCGAACACAGACUUGCCGAGCUGCAGGGACGAUGAGGUGGCUUUCGACAUAACCGACAAGGUGCUUGGCAUGGAGGGCUGCCCUGCAGCCUUCCAGACCCGAGGCUUUUGCGAGGCGCUGGCUGAGGACGGCUCCAUGAUCCUGGCACUCUUUGGACAGCUCCUGAACCCGCAAGGGUACAAGGAAGUGGAGCGGCCAGACCUUGGUCCGCACUACGAGGUCCAGGUGCGCCUGCCGCAGCGGUUCAUUCUGCGCACGCUCAAGGAGCAGAAGCUGCCAGAGGGUCCGCCGUGCCCGGGCUGGGAAGAGCUCCGCGCCAGCCUUCUGCCACCAGAGCUUGCAGGUGGGAGUGAGCCCAAAAAGGCCAGGUGAGACACCGACUGAGCCCCGAAGCGGUCGCUUCCUGGAACCCGAAACCACGUUCAAGAGUGCGUGCCUUGCCAAGGCACUUGGAG